AUGACCUCUUAUCUGGAGGGCAUGCCCACCCUUUCGCCAGACCACAUUGCACUCCUAUCACGACCAUUCACAGACGAAGACAUCAAAACAGCAGCGUUUGGGUCUAAGCCACUUAAGUCUCCCGGGCCGGACGGAGUACCUCCUGCUUUCUUUCAAAAGUACUGGUCUAAGGUGGGCAAGGAAACUUGUGAGGCGGUGCACUCUUUCUUCAACAAUGGUAGAAUGCUCCGGGAGACAAACAAGACUUUCAUCACCCUCAUACCCAAAGAACCGAGACCAUCAUCAGUAGGGGGGUACAGACCAAUUAGCCUAUGCAACUCAACCUAUAAGAUUAUCUCGAAAUGUAUGGUAAACCGCAUCAAACUCAUCCUCCCGGAUAUGGUAGGAGAGACGCAAAAUGCUUUUGUACCUGGUCGAAUGAUGAUAGACAACUGUUAUAUAGCUCAUGAAACUAUCAAUAGUGUGAAAAAACGAAAGAAAGGGGGCAGAUUUGAGGCGGUGUUAAAGGUGGAUCUUAGCAAAGCGUAUGAUCGAGUAAGAUGGGAUUUUAUUAUUGGUAUUCUGACCAAAAUGGAGUUCCCGCAACUAUGGAUACAAUGGAUUACAGAGUGUAUUUCUACGGUUUCGUAUGCAAUCCUCGUAAAUGGUGAACCAACCGCUCAAAUCAAGCCGGGAACAGGCCUUCGACAGGGCGACCCCCUCUCCCCUUAUCUUUUCAUUCUCUUAAUGGAGGUUCUCUCGAAGAAAAUUAUGAAACUGGAAAGUCAGGGUAUUUUACAGGGAAUUAAGGUUUCAAGGAAUGCUCCCACGAUAAGCCACCUCUUUUUUGCGGACGACGCAAUUUUUUGCUUCAAAGCCACACCUCCUUCGUGCCGCGCAAUAAGAGGUUGUAUUGAGGAUUUUUGCUCUAUUUCGGGGGAGAUGAUAAAUUUUGACAAGUCCACAGUACUUUUUAGUCCUAACACCCCAAGGAGAUUUAUCCGUAUUCUUCGCAGCCCCCUUGGAGUAAGAGUGAAAGAUGAGGUUGGAAACUACCUUGGUUGCCCAAUGGACGUCGACGACCGAUCCUCUGCUAAAUUCCAGAGUAUUGUGGACAGGAUAAAUGAGAAAAUUGGAUCCUGGAAAUUUGCAAGAACCAGCCAACCAGGAAAACUACUUCUCAUUAAUAGUAUACUGGUGGCAAUGGCCUCCCACAUAUUAUCCAUCUACUCUUGUCCGAGUCUAAUAGCGAAGAAGAUCAACUCUAACCUUCUUAAAUUUUGGUGGGCUACUUCCAGUUCAAGGAAACCGAUUUACUGGCGAAAGAAGGAGCUUCUGUACCACCACAAAGGGGAAGGAGGAGUGGAAAUAAAGGAAAUUGGCACCCUCAACUUGGCCCUCCUAGCCCGUCAAAGCUGGCGAAUGUAUUCCAACCCACGACUGCUAGCAAGCAAGCUCUUCAAAGGCAAAUAUGGAGGGGACCCAAUCUCUCUGGGAUACAGAGACACUACUCCAAGAUCAUGUUCGUGGGCUGCAAGAAGCUUAAUCAAGGCAUCCAACUCGCUGAAGGACGGUGUUCGAACUCGAAUUGGAAACGGGGAGACAACCAGAAUCACUCAAGAUACAUGGGUUGGCAACUCUAAGCUGAAAAUGAAGAAUACAAGUUCAAAUGAUGUCAGACAAUUAACCACAGUUGCACACUUGAUGACAACAGAGAGAAGGUGGAAUGCACCGCUUAUAUGGAGAUGCUUCCAGGAGCAAGAAGCAAAGUUAAUCAUGGCUACGCAUAUACCAAGUGACUGUGUCCAGGAUACCUACCAGUGGGAGUACACAAAGAAUGGUAAAUAUACUUUUAAAUCAGGUUACUGGCACAUCCAGAGCAAGACCAACGCCCCCCCUUUAGGCACUGAUAAAUUCUGGGCGAACAUGUGGCGUUCGAGCCUUCUCCCUAGAUGGAAGCACUUUAUUUGGAAGCUCAUCCACAGAGCCCUCCCUACAAAAACAAAUUUAUGCAAAAGGGGGAUCGAUAUCGAAGUGACAUGCCCCUUCUGUAAGGGUCAAACGGAAACGGACUUACAUAUUUUUCGACUUUGCCCAACUGCGCAAAUGGUUUGGCGAGCAAGCCCAUUGGGCAUUGUUUCCGAGUCUCAGGCUAUGGUCCCUAUGCAAACUUGGUUGAGAAACUUCCUCAAUCUUUUCUUCAACCAAGACGGGAAAGACGAUUCAAGAGCAGUUCAGUUAACAGCCACCCUUUGGGCCAUCUGGCUACACCGAAACGACAUCAUUUUUUGUGGCGUGAGUGUAAUCCCAAACAGAAUUUUGGAGGUAGCACAGUCACACGUCCAUUCUUGGAAGGAAGCACAGAAAGCAAAACUGAUGCAGCAACAACAUUUAAAUUGGAAACAACCUGGAGAAAUCAACUUGACUAAGAUUUCAAUGUGGAAAGUAGGGAAGUGCAGCAACCUGGGUUUCUUCUCUAUUUUAGUGGAUGCAGCGUGGAACAGAAAGAAGAACUCAAAACAGAAACAAUGGGAAGCAGCUGUAGCAUGGGCAGAAGAUGACAACCAGACCAUUAGCUGUUCAGGCGCCAAGAGGAUCUUUGCACAAGAUGCCUUACAAGCGGAAUGCUACGCAAUCUUGGAGGGAAUCAGAGUUGCUAGUGGGCUUGCGCGCAACGUAAUUCUCAAAACAGAUUGCAAGGUAGCUGUGGAGGCAAUACGGAAUGAAAAUCAAGCCCACUCACACAUAGCAACUAUCAUCAGUGACAUUCGCAAGGAAGCAACCAUGCUAGACUUCUUUGUAUGUUUAAAAGUUAGUAGGAAUGCUGUAGUUAAGGCCCAUAAUCUUGCCCAGCAAGAGAGAAAAGGUCUUGGGUUAUAG